AUGAAGACUAUAAAAAAGUUACUGGUCCGAAAGGGGUGCGAGGAGAAAAGUCAAGACAAUACAAAGAACGGGAAACAUGAGAAUACUUCGUCGUUCGAGGAAGAGAAUAGCCCACAUGGCACCCAUACCAUAUCAAUGGACUACAUACCACAGAAUUACGGCAUGGCAGAAACGCUCAUCUAUCUUCAUUCCGGCUCACCAUUCGAUCUAGCGAGGCUAUUCGACAAACGUGACCGCGCGAAAGGCACAAAGGAAGUCGAGCUCGUACUGCGCGAGCCAACCAUCCGCUCGGUCAAGCAACUUUAUCAGAUCUGCAAGCAGGCCGAAGUCGUGGCCAAAUAUGGUCUCACAGGCAGAAUCGCGUACAAUUUCAGUAAGUCCACCGACUGGAAUAGACUUAACAUUUCAAGGUUACCUUCACUACAGCCAAGAAAGCCGAGGGAGCCGGUGAGAAAGCCUAGCGGUCUCCUCGGAACAUCCGCUGUCGAGCCUGAUUUCGACAUGUCAACGUUUUCGUUUAGUACCGAUCGGCCGAUGUCGCCUGUUAGUGAAGCUGGGGCCUGUAGGGACUUGCCGCAUGCGUAUGGGGACUUGGAGGUGGGCUCCCCUAAUCCCCCGGUGACGUUAGACCUCUCUACGGUCGAGGAGGAUGAAGGGGAAGUGAGCCGGGCAACAUCCCUUACGAUGACCAAGAUACCUAUCUGGCAGGUACGUAUGGUGCAUAUACCUCCUCGGAUUAGCCUUCACAUUACCGACAAAGUAGAGUGAAUAUAUCGAGAAAAUCGCCAAUAAAGAGCGUUAGGGCCUAGUUUGGUUGAAAUAUCUUCAAUUUUAUUUCCUUUCUAUCUCUCAGUGACAUGACUCUGUCUAGAUAGCUAGUGUGACUCAUACCCCUUGAGAUCACGGCGACGCCUAGCUUAUUUUAGGCGAAUG